AGAAUCGAGUGGAAUCACGUAGCCGCAUCCAUUCAUCGGCGCUGUCGGUACAUUCGUCACACAUUUCGACGCUGACAGUCUUCUCUCCGAUAUCGUUGAACAUCAUUUAUCGGACGUAAUCAAUCUCAAGAAGAACCAAAUUUGUUCACAAGAAAAGGGGCAAGAAAAUAAAGUUGGUCUGCUCUCGAUCGAAUGCAACAGCGCGUCCUCACGUUGUUAUUACGUCACGUUCACCGUCGUGUUUUUGUUUACAAUGACAUAAUCGCGAUAUGUCAGAAAAAUAGCAUUUGAAAAACGGAGGCUGUAUCCUCGAUGUAAAAUACUUUUGGAGCAAGAAGUACGCCCAGCAAGAUUGUCCGCGACGCGUGUCUGUUAUGUUACGUGGAAUACACCGUUGACUUGCUCAACCCUCUGUUACAUUUCGCAAAAAAAUUGUUGAGAUAAGGAGACUUUUAUCUCUCGCAUGAAUGUGUAAAACAUGCCCGGAGGUAGACGAAAUGCUGUCAGUCGGACUGGACUGACUGCUAGAUCGGGUUCUAAUGCUGGUUCUAAUGCCAAUGCUAACGGGAGGAGCAACAGCGGUGAGAGAGCGAGUGUCAAUGCAAAUGCGGACGACAAGAGGCUCGACGAGGUGUGCAGUGGAAGGUCCCUGGCACCGAAGCACAUUCCCAUCCCAGCGGUACCGGUCGACGGGCAGUUGAGCUUCGAGAGUCUAUCUCUGGUCGUCUCAAUCAUCGCGGCUUGUCUGCAGCUGCUUAAUCUGUACAAAACUGUAUGGUGGUUACCAAAUUCCUACAAUGGUUAUAGUAUGAACUUUUACCUGAUAGAUCCUUAUUUACUUGUAUUUAUUUUUAUUACGGCGGCGCAUAGAUUCCUUUACACAUUGUUACGUCAGAUUAUCGAUGUUUCAUUGCCAAUACGAUCGGUAUCCACAAAAUUGGCAGUCCGAAACAUUUUAAGGUCAUCUUUAUCUGUUGCUGUGCAGAGUGUGAUACUCUGGUGCCUCUAUCAUAUGGCUGAGAGGCAUGACUCUAUGAAAAUCUUUUAUUUAUGUUAUCCUUUGUCACUAUAUUUUAUUAUGUUUGGAAUAAGAACAUCAUUUUUUGAUAUAUUCUCAAGUGAGAAAGAAGAACGGAAAACCAAGUAUGCAUUAGAUAAACCUUUACACAACUGCUCAUUAAAUGCAUCAGCCAUUAGAGCAGAAGUAUCAAAUUUAAAAUCCGAUUUUAACAGACGAUUUGACCGAGCUUUAUUUUCGUCUUCCUUUAACACAUACGUCUGCGUAAUGGCGCCUAUCAUUUUUGUACCUCCACAUUUACAUUUCAAUGUUCUAUGGGUGAUACAGCACGUUACCUUAUUUUGGCUCGGAAGGAUAUGCGCGUAUUUUGCUCAGGCUUAUCCUUUUAGAUAUUGCGACGAGCUGCAUAGAGCAGCAAUGCACUUGGGCCGAUGGGUUAAGAUAGAAAAUCGCAAUAAUCACAUGUAUAUUCAACCAUGGAAUGAAGCGGUAUUAUGGCCUCAUGGGUCGAUUGUAAAACACAAUCGAGAAAUUUAUCGUUCCGAAGGUUUGUGUACGGCAGCGGAACCGGGUAAUUCAACUCACUCUAAAUUUUAUAGCGUAUUCAAUAAUCGAGUAACGCUACUAAGUCCAAUAUUGGCAUUACAAUUAUUAUUGGUGAACAUUCAAUUGUUUAUUUUAUUAGGUGUGACUGAAUGGUAUCAAAUACUGUCGACGAUAUUAUUAUUAGUUAUACAUUAUUAUAACUUAUUCAAAAUGGCUAGAGAUUUUCUAAUAUCCUGGAAGGUGUACCGUGCUGAACAAAUAAUUCAAGAGAAGUCUCAAAUGGUUGUAAAUCCAGUUGCUCAAUAAAAUACAAGUGAUUUCUGUAAUACUCAUUUUACAUUUUAUAUGUAUUUAUUAAAUGAAAUGGAAUGUCUUGUGGCUUCUUAUGAAAACAACGGACUCGUAAAUGAUAAACAAGUUCGAACCAAACAUUUCGUGUAUACGGAUAUUUUAAUAAAAGUUUAUUAUAUCUUUUA